GGUGUCGCUCAGCCACAUGCUUGUGGAGGUAGAAAGCUCUUGCUCAGGCAACAUUCAGGUUUACAUCCGUCGGUCCUCCACUCAGUCUAGGCACUAGGGACACGGCAAAACGACUGCACGUGAGGUUCGCGGACAGUUGUGAUCAGCAGUGAAUCGUCUCGACGGGGUCAUAGUUUGUUUUGUGUGAGCGCGCCGUCGGGACACAAUGUGUCCAACCCCGAACUCCGAUUACUUUGCGGCGGUCCCCUGACCAACAAGGAAUCUCACUAGCGUCUUAUGGAGGGGCAGGCAAAUCGUUUACCGUCACGAUACUACAAUUCUAUCCUCUGUUAUUUGAGAGAUGGUAACAAAUGAACGGCUCGGAAGAGAACAUGGUUGAGAGGACCAGCAAAUUCUUGUUGAUCGUUGUCGGCUCGGUCUUCUUCAUGCUGAUUUUGUAUCAAUACGUGGCUCCCGGAGUCAUCAACUUCGGGUCUCCGCAUGGGUAUCUCGCUGAAGAAGACAUGACCAUAUUCCCCACGCCGGAUCCCCAUUAUGUAAAAAAGUACUAUUUUCCCAUCAAGGAUCUGGAGCGGACGAUGGAUUUUGAGAUUAAGGGAGAGGAUGUGAUCGUUUUCCUUCACAUCCAGAAAACUGGAGGUACAACGUUCGGGAGGCACCUGGUCCAGAAUGUGCGCCUGGAGGUGCCUUGUGACUGCAGACCCGGUCAGAAAAAGUGUACCUGCUAUCGGCCCAACAGAAAGGAGACCUGGCUCUUCUCACGGUUCUCCACCGGCUGGAGCUGCGGCUUACACGCCGACUGGACCGAGCUCAUCAACUGCGUACCCGGAGUUCUUAACAAGCGGGAGACUAAGGCAAAGAAAUUAAGGAAGUUCUACUACAUCACGUUGCUAAGAGACCCGGUGUCGCGCUACCUGAGCGAGUGGCGGCACGUGCAGCGCGGCGCCACCUGGAAGACCUCUCUGCACAUGUGCGACGGGCGCACGCCCACCCCCGAGGAGCUGCCCGCCUGCUACGAGGGCAGCGACUGGUCCGGCUGCACGCUGCCGCAGUUCAUGGACUGCCCGUACAACCUGGCCAACAACCGGCAGGUGCGCAUGCUGGCCGACCUGAGCCUGGUGGGCUGCUACAACAUGUCCACGCUGCCCGAACGCAAGCGCGCCCAGAUCCUGCUCGAGUCGGCCAAGAAGAACCUGCGCGACAUGGCCUUCUUCGGCCUGACGGAGCACCAGCGCAAGACGCAGUACCUGUUCGAGCGCACCUUCCACCUGCGCUUCAUCCGGCCGUUCGUGCAGUUCAACAGCACGCGGGCGUCCGGCGUGGACCUGGACAACGGCACCGUCCGCCGCAUCGAGGAGCUCAACGAGCUGGACAUGCAGCUGUACGACUACGCGCGCGACCUCUUCCAGCAGCGCUACCAGUACACACACAUGCUGGACCGCCAGGAGCAGCGGCUCAGCCAGCGCAGCCAGGCGCGCCUCCUCAGAGGAGGAGGAGGUGAGGGGGAGGAGGCAGCGGCGGGGGGGACUGGGGGAGAGGGAACAGCACGGCUGCCCACCGAGGACUACAUGAGCCAGAUCAUCCACGGAUGGUAGCGCAGAGAGAGACAAAAACGAAGAGAGAGAGAGAGAGAGAGAGAGAGAGAGAGAGAGAGAGAGAGAGAGAGAAGAGGAGAGAGUGGUGGAUCAGAGAUGGAGAGAGAUAAAAGAGAUGGUGACUGAAGCGGAGGAGAGAUGUAGACUCUGGGGGGGGGGAAGGCUGAAAUAGCGGAAUAGCGCAACGCUGUUCUCUCCUCUCCUCCGCCCUCCGCAACACUCAAUUGGGGGUCAGGAGUGACCAAGCGAAAAAACUGUGAAAGGUUGGGACCGGUCAACCUCCCUGUUUAAUUUAGCUACUUGUUUGUUUGUUUGUUUAUAUCCUUCAGGAUAACAUGAUUGUGUCCUUGUGGACUAAACGCUUAUACCAAGGAAAAGUACAAAAAAAAAAAAGAAAAAAAAAGAAAAGAAGCGAAGAUAAAGAAUGAGAGGAGAAAUCUAAGGCUCAAAGUGCGGCGAGGAUUCCUGGGUCCCAUCCGCCCCCAAAGCGCACAGAAGCAGCGCCGAAUGAAAGGAUUCUGUGUUUGGCAACAAAGACGGCACAACAUCAAAGCUCCCACACUGGGCAAGCCAACAGUGGGUUGUUUCCCUGAGAUACACUGUUUUUAUUUCCUCCCCCCCCCCCCCCAGACAUCAUUUAAUUAUCACACAGUUGAGAAGCAUUACGUAAAUGAGGUCUAGGAGUCUUUUGGAAUUCAUUUAAUUGCCUUCAGAUCAUAGAAAGCAGAUAUCUGAGACAGAGGGGGGAUAAAGCACAGAAGUCAUUGGCUUGAUCCACUGUUCUGCUAGAAGACAGAGAGAUGAUUCAUUGUUUGAUUUCUUAAACCUCAGAUAUAUCACUUACAUUUCCUUAGCACUGAAUCUGAUAUCAGUUGUCAGCUCCCACAUAUCUGAACCCCAUACCCAUAAACAAAUGCCUUUAUCACACUUUGUAAUGACUACGAAAAAAAAAAAUGAAUACAAUUUGAACUGCAGUAAGAGUUACUUUCAGUUCAACUUGCCAACACCCAACAUGGACGGAUUCUCUUUCCACCUCCACUGUGUCUGAGCCCCUCGAUCCACCCGCCACUCAGCCUCGUGCUGGGAUCCCAUUGGUUGGGACAGGUUGUUGGCGGCAUGGAGAAUGUUGUGGCUUUUGGACACCUGAAGGUGUGUCUGUGUUCCAAGGCCCUGAGACUUUUUACUGAUAUAAUGAAAUAUUAUAAAACAAUUAAUAUUUUUCAACAACGAAAAAGCAUGGACAUUUUUUUUUUCUUUUCAAAAUGUUUUUUUUCUUUUCAAUGUGUGUGUGUGUUUGUGUGUGUUUGUGUGUGCGUAUGUGUGUGUGUGUGUGUGUGUAUAUGCGCGUGCACGUGCGUGCGUGUUUCUGUGUGUGUGUGUGUGUGUGUGUGUGUGUGUGUGUGUGUGUGUGUGUCUGUGUGUACGUGCGUGAGUGCGUUUGUAUGUACAGGCAUGUGUGUUUGUGUGUUGACUGAAUGCAAUGCAGUAUGCUCCCCAUAUUUCAUAUACCCAGUAGGGUAGACACACACUUUUGAGUCUCUGUGAGGAUUCCAUAAUCAUACUUUAACCCUAACAACACGCACACACACACACACACACACACACACACACACACACACACACACACACAAGUAGGGCAGACACACACUUGUGAGUCUCUGUGAGGAUUCCAUAAUCAUACUUUAACCCUAUCAACAGCAGAAGUGCAAUAUGAUUGGCUGACUAAUGGUAAUAAUUACUAUUAGCCGACAUGUCAUUAGCUAAAUAAAACCCUGUCAUUAAUUUCAGUGCCAGCAUUACUUCUGAACCACUGCUCAACAAAAGACCCAUUCUCUUUCCCUUUUGACAUAUUUGUGAAUAGGUACAAUUAUUAUGCUUUUUAUCACCCAGUUACUCUGAAUGUGUUAAUUAAAAGCAAUUAUUACUUUGAAUUCAAAGCAAUCGUGUGACAUAUGAACAGUAUGUUGUAUUUGUGUGUGCUUGUGAGAUUAGUGGUAUGGUGAUGUGUUUGUCCCAGUUGUUCUGCUCAAGCAGCAGAGCAACAAAGCAAUCCCUGAAAAACCGUUAUGGAACGUUUUUUUUUUUUUUUUUUGCACACGCUCGGUUUUUGAUUUCAUCAUCUAGCCAAAUGUGGCUGCAUACUAUUGAAUCAUUCCGUCCCCGCCAUCCAUCCAAUCAAAAUCUUGUAAACACCCCCUUGAGGCGUUUUCGGGUGUCUGAAAGACCUCUGUUUGAGAGGGAAAUCAAAAGGUGAUAUUUUUACAGAAAAUGUAUAUGAGUAUAAAUAUAUAUCUAUAUAUCUUUGUGCGUGUGUGUGUGUGUGUGUGUGUGUGUGUGAGAAAGAGAGAGUGAGUGUGUGUAGGCUGAGCCGCGAGGGACAUGUUUUGGCAUCCGUUGCUUUCUUUGUGUUCCACCCCAUUGUAUGUUGCUGUGAUUACUUGUGUUCUCCAUGCCAACUAAAUCUCCAAAAUUACCAAUAAAAAUGACAUUUCCUUUUGUAAUGAAA